UUUCUUCCAUCCAGAGAGACCAUCAGCGGCUAGCUUGACAGAAUCCAGCGGCGGCGACGACGAAUCCAUGGCGGGGGACCACCGCCGUGACCGCGCCCAGCAGCAGCGGCCAGGCGUGCUCAUGGUGGCGGCGCUCGCGGCUCUCGGCCUCCUCGCCCUCUCCGGCACGGCGCUGGCUGCCUCGGUCGCGGGGCUGGCCGUGGCAGCGCCGUUGCUCCUGCUCUGCAGCCCUGUGCUUGUCCCGGCGGCGCUGCUGGCCACUCUGACGGCCGGCGGCAUGGCCACUUCAGGCUCACUGGCCGUCGGGGCGACGGCGCUGCUGUCACGCUUGGCGAGCGCGGUGAGGAGGGCGGCCGCAACCCCGCCGGACUACGUCGAGUUAGGGAAGCGGCGGGUGGCGGAGGUGGCCGGGGAGCAGACGGCGCACAUCGACGCCGGGCCGGCGAUCAAUCCGGAGCAAGUGGCCCGCAGCCGCCGGCCGUACGGUGGCUCACACGCCCUGAUCUCCUAGAAUAUACUGUAUUAUCUAUCCUGUCUAGCUCCUCUAGUAGUAAUAUGAGUGCUUAAUGUAGUAAUAUCCAACGAUGUUCAUGGAGCAUAUGAGAUUAUGCAAUAAAAUCUAUCAUCGUGAUAAUCCCUA